GCGAGUCUAAACUCCUACUUAACCCAAUCCCAAACCCUCUUUUUUUUCCCCAGAUCUCAUCCCCUUCCCUUUCUUCUGCACCAAUCUCUACUCCUCUCCUCUCCUCUCAGUCACUCCGCAGGAGCGUCUCUCUUCUCUCCUCUUCUGUUGGUGAAGGAAUCAUGCAGAGGGCAAUGCAAUCACUGCGGCUGCAUGGAAAUGUUCUUAAACGAGCUGUUCUCCAACAUGUUCGAGUCAUGAACCCCUCUGUGCUACCAACUGUGUUUACCCGCUAUGAGUCAGUUUUGCCAUCACGUUUAGAAGAGCAUGGAUUUGAAAGCACAACUAUCCUGGAUAUUCUCACAGCUAAAGGGAAGAGUGCCGAUGGCUCCUGGCUGUGGUGCACAACUGAUGACACUGUUUAUGAUGCUGUCAAAUCUAUGACACAACACAAUGUUGGAGCUCUGGUGGUGGUGAAACCAGGGGAAGAGAAGGCAAUUGCUGGUAUUGUUACUGAGAGAGAUUAUCUCCGUAAAAUCAUUGUGCAAGGAAGAUCUUCCAAGGAAACUAAAGUUGGUGACAUCAUGACUGAAGAGAAUAAACUUAUCACCGUGACUCCAGAUACUAAAGUACUGCGGGCAAUGCAGCUGAUGACAGACAACCGCAUUAGGCACAUCCCUGUGGUUGGUGAGAAAGGAAUGAUUGGAAUGGUCUCCAUUGGUGACGUUGUUCGAGCUGUGGUGAGCGAGCAUCGUGAGGAGCUGAAUCGCCUCAAUGCUUAUAUACAAGGAGGAUACUAAGACAAGUAGUUCCCUAGUCGAAUAACGAUAGACCAUAAUGAUGGCAAAAAACCUCUCGUUUCUUUGAGCAGACUGCGAGCACAUGUACAAUUGUGCCGGUUUUCUCUAGUCAAGCAAACCUAGAUCCCUUUUUCUGGCUACUUGAUAAAGUUUCUGAAUAAAUUUCCUUCGAUA